GGCCGGAAGCGGAAGUAUCCGAAUCCUUCGCUUCGGCCGAUAGGAACCCGGAAACUACCGAGGGGAUGGCGGCCGGUCGAAGUUUGAGUCGGUCGGAGCGGAAAGCGGCGGCUCGCGCUGAAUUCCUCCGGCAAGAAGAGCAGCGGGAGCGACGGAGGCAGGUGUCCCGGAUCCUGCGCAAGCCCGCGGCUGAGCGGAGCGCCGACGAGGCGAUGCUUCUGUCUGGGUGUCAAGAGAUGGUGCGGGACCUGGAGCGACUUCGCAAGAAGCGGGAGAGGCUGCGGCGCCGGCUAGAGGAGGUGUGUGAUGAACCCGACGAAUUGAACAGAAAAGUCAGCAAGCUUUCUGCUGUUGUCCGAGGAGCUAAGCAUCUUAUUGUAUAUACAGGAGCUGGCAUAAGUACGGCAGCUUCAAUUCCUGAUUACAGAGGUCCAAAUGGGGUGUGGACAAUGCUGCAAAAAGGGAGAAGUAUCAGGGCUACCGAUCUGAGUGAAGCAGAGCCCACACUCACCCACAUGAGCAUUGCUUGUUUGCACAAGCACAAACUGGUGAAGCAUGUAGUGUCUCAAAACUGUGAUGGGCUUCACUUGCGCAGUGGACUUCCUCGAGAAGCCCUGUCUGAGCUGCAUGGAAACAUGUAUAUAGAAGUUUGCACAUCUUGCAUACCCAAUCGUGAAUAUGUGCGAGUAUUUGAUGUGACAGAGCGCACAGCCUUGCACAGGCACCAGACUGGGAGAUUAUGCCAUAAAUGUGGAGCACAAUUGAGAGAUACAAUUGUACACUUUGGGGAGAAGGGUAUUUUACAGCAACCCUUGAACUGGGAGGCAGCAACAGAAGCUGCUAGCAAAGCAGAUGUGAUCCUUUGCUUGGGGUCUAGCUUGAAGGUUUUGAAAAAGUAUCCACAUUUAUGGUGCAUGAGCAAACCACCCAGACACCGCCCUAAACUCUAUAUUGUAAAUCUGCAAUGGACACCAAAGGAUGAUCUUGCAGCCCUAAAACUUCAUGGAAAAUGUGAUGAUGUGAUGAAGUUGUUGAUGGAUGAGCUGGGACUUCCCAUUCCUUCCUAUGAUAGAAUGAAGGACCCCAUCUUUGCUCUGGCUGUUCCUCUGCAACCUGAAGAAGAAAGCAGUCAUAGCCGGAAACCCGUGGCCCCACCAGCAAGUCUUCAUGAAGUGCAGCUGGGAGAGGAACAGCAGAUGUGUCCAGAUCCUCCUUCUGGGGGCUGGUUUGGCAGAGGCUGCGCAAAAGGCACAAAGAGGAAAAAAAACUUUUGAUAAUGGAUU